GCCUGGAAGAAACGCUGGUUUAUCCUGCGGAGUGGCCGGAUGAGCGGUGACCCGGAUGUGCUGGAGUACUACAAGAAUGAUCACUCCAAGAAGCCCCUGCGGAUCAUCAACCUGAACUUCUGCGAGCAGGUGGAUGCAGGACUGACCUUCAACAAGAAGGAGCUGCAGGAUAGUUUUGUGUUUGACAUCAAGACCAGCGAGCGCACAUUUUACCUGGUGGCCGAGACGGAGGAGGACAUGAAUAAGUGGGUCCAGAGCAUCUGCCAGAUCUGCGGCUUCAAUCAGGCCGAGGAGAGCACAGGGCUCUUUCUCCUUUCCACAGACUCCCUGAGAAACAUUUCCUCUGCCGGUCACGGCCCCCGCUCUUCUCCAGCUGAGCUCAGCAGCUCCAGUCAGCACCUUCUCCGAGAACGGAAGUCCUCAGCUCCAUCGCACUCCAGCCAGCCAACCUUGUUCACCUUCGAACCCCCGGCGUCAAACCACAUGCAGCCCGCCUUGUCCACCAGUGCACCUCAGGAGUACCUCUACUUGCACCAGUGCAUAAGCCGAAGAGCAGAAAAUGCAAGGAGUGCCAGCUUCUCUCAGGGCACCAGGGCCUCGUUUCUCGUGAGGAGUGACACAGCCGUGCAGAAACUUGCCCAGGGCAAUGGACACUGUGUCAACGGAGUCAGCGGUCAAGUCCACGGCUUCUACAGCCUUCCCAAGCCAAGCCGGCACAAUACAGAAUUCAGAGACAGCACCUACGACCUCCCCCGGAGCCUGGCCUCCCAUGGCCACACCAAGGGCAGCCUCACAGGCUCUGAGACGGAUAACGAGGAUGUGUAUACCUUCAAGAUGCCCAGCAACACCCUGUGCCGUGAGUUUGGGGACCUCCUGGUGGACAAUAUGGACGUUCCGGCCACCCCACUCUCAGCCUACCAGAUCCCUAGGACGUUCACGCUGGACAAGAACCACAAUGCCAUGGCAGUGGCCACUCCUGGGGACUCAGCCAUAGCUCCCCCGCCCCGGCCCCCCAAGCCAAGCCAAGCUGAGACACCUCGACGGGGCAGCCCUCAGCAGAGACCUCCAGCCGGGGACAGCAGCAGAUCAGUCUCUGCUGCUGCGACCAUCCCCAGACGCAACACCCUCCCAGCCAUGGACAACAGCCGACUUCACCGAGCUUCUUCCUGCGAGUCCUACGACUACCCCCAGCGUGGUGGAGACAGUGCAGGCCGGUCCGCCGAGUCCACGAGUGAUGCAGUCAGCGCCUUCCUGCCAGGGAAAACAGUCGUGGGCCGAUCAGAUAGCACCAAUUCUGAGGACAACUACGUGCCCAUGAAUCCAGGCUCCUCCACCCUGCUGGCCAUGGAGCGAGCAGGUGAUAAUUCCCAGAGUGCCUACAUCCCCAUGAGCCCAGGGCCCCAUCACUUUGACCCGCUCGGCUACCCAUCUACAGCCCUGUCUAUGCACCGCGGCUCCAGCCGAGGGAGUGAGAUCCAGCCACCUCCUGUCAACCGCAACCUCAAACCUGACCGGAAAGCAAAGCCAACACCACUUGACCUGAGAAAUAACACUGUCAUUGAUGAGCUCCCCUUCAAGUCACCCGUCACCAAGUCUUGGUCUCGGGCCAUCCACUCCUUCAACCCCGGAUCCUCCCAAUACUGCCGCCCCAUCUCCACCCAGAGCAUCACCAGCACGGACUCAGGAGACAGCGAGGAGAACUACGUCCCUAUGCAAAAUCCAGUGUCUGCAUCUCCCAUUCCCAGUGGCACCAACAGUCCAGCCCCUAAGAAGAGCACGGGUAGCGUGGAUUAUCUGGCCCUGGACUUCCAGCCAAGCUCCCCAAGCCCCCACCGCAAGCCAUCCACGUCAUCCGUCACUUCUGACGAGAAGGUAGACUACGUUCAAGUGGACAAGGAGAAGACCCAAGCCCUGCAGAACACCAUGCAGGAGUGGACGGACGUGCGGCAGUCCUCGGAGCCUUCCAAGGGCGCCAAGCUGUGACGCAGGGGCCAUGGCGCCCAGGGAGGGGCCAGGAGGCAGCGUCUCCAGAGCUGAUGCCUCCCCGUCUGUCUCCCCUUUCUCCUUGCCCAUGGCCCCCUCCCGCCCACCCCCUCUGGCCUUCAAAGCACUUGACAUCAGGGACCCUGACCCCUUCCCCUGGGAACCUCCUCUGCCUACUCGGGGCCCACCUUUGAUUUUUAUCUGUCAUGGCCACGCCUCGCCCCACUUUAGUUAGAGCUGUUGCCAAAAAGCAUCCUUCAGCCUCUUCCUGCCCUUAGACCUGAAUAUCUACCACAUGUGUGGAGGGAGAUUCCACACCUCCGGCCUUUGUCCCUCCAGCUACUUCCUGGGCUACUUCUCCUUCACUCCUGGGAGAAGCCAUGUCAUCGUGCAGACCCAGGGAGCCAAGGACCAGCGGACCAAAGUGGACAUGGACUUCGUCAUCCAGUCUUUUUUGGCAGGGGAGAGGCAAGGCCACCAGAAGAUGAAGGGGUCAAGAAGGAAGAGCAGAGUUGGUCUUGACGAAAGAAUGAGACCCCCCCAGACAGAGGCAGUGGAUACCUGCAGUGGGCCCCACUUCCAGGCCAAGUGGCAGUGCAGCCAUGGCGGGUGGGAGAGGCAGAAGGAUGAGGGUAAGAGGAAGGGAAGCCUGAAGACGAUGGGCAACCCAGAACAAGGAGCGGGGCUCAGAGCCCAGGAGCUGGGGUGCAAGGACACUGCGGGGCUGGGCCCCCAGAACUGUGGAGCUACAGUCCCUCUCUGCAGGGCUGGGACAUAGUGCAGUCCUCACCCGCCCCCCAAGACCCCCGCUACUGAGAGGGCCACGCGGACAAGGCUCGGACUAUGCUGGGUGGUGCGGUGUGUGAGCACCGGCACAGUGAGGGGAGGCCGGUGGAGCUGUGGGAACGCAGAGCAGUGUGCAGGGUAGGGGACGUGGAAGGGAGGGGCCACGCUGGGGCAGGAACAGGCUGGGCGGGGGCAGUGCGGUGCUGGAGGCACAGGUAACUGAUGGCAGGGGUGCAGGGUGGGGCAGAAAGAGGUGGUUUGAUAUGUCGUUGUCAGUGACAUGCGUGGUGACAGGCGAGGACAGUCCCCAGCAGAGCCUAGCGGAUGGUGUGUGAGAGUGGCCAGGCCUCUGCCUGUGGCUUGAAAGGCCAACAGACCAGCAUCUCUCCACCCACCUUUGCCAGGGACAGGAGGAGGGGUGUCCCCCAGGCUCCCUCUCCUGUCUGGGGAGGGGGACUCUUACGUCAGUGUCUUUGGCCAAGUUUUCAAGAGUUUCAGGGGCAACUGGGCAGAUGUUUCAUCCUACCCUGGGGUGAACUGACCGUCCUCGUCCACCUGCGUGGACGUGGCUACUUACCUUCUAGGUCCUGUGAGUGUGCACACACACACCCCUCACCAGCCCCGUGGCCUGACCUGACUCCAUCCUGGGGGAGAGGUUCUCAAGCGUAGCCCCUCUCUUCCUCCUAUUAAUUCAGAUCAAUUCAGUAAGCAUUCAUUAAUGGCUGCUGUGGCCAGGUCUGUGCUAGGCACUGAGGACACUAAUCAGACUUUGUCCCUGAAUUUGAGAAGGUCACAAUCGAUGGGAAAAAAAGACAAGGACACAAGACAUUGGUAAUGGCUGUGAGAGACUUAAAAUGCUGAUCACAUGCAGAGAAAGCAGGGUUACUUCCCAGGAGGUUGGUGCUGGGGGGCGGAUGAGGGGCGGAGAUCAGGGAAGGUGGUUUCUAGGAAUGGGGGUGCCUCACAUGGGCCUGAGGAGAAGAUGGGUCAGAUUUUCAGGAGGGCAAGAUCAGAGUCCAGUGGAAAAAGAUAGACAGAGGGGCUUGGAGAAUUUUGUGCUUUAGGAACAAAAGACCUUUGGGUGUAUGGGCUCAGCAGUGAGGGCCACACCUCUGUGUUCUAACAGGUGGGCCCAGGUAUUGAA